AUGGCGCCCGGCGUACUGUCCUAUUCCUCUUCCGGGACAUCGCCUUCCGCAAGUCCUGUCAUGAUGACCCCGAUCGACCACUCCGAUACCACUUCCGAUGGCUUCACGAGCCUUUCUGUCGGUCCUCUAGACGGCGUUGGUCUCGGUGUCAACGGCCAACCGACAAAUGGCCAUGGCAAUGGAUCCAACGGCCACGCCAACGGCGCAUCGUACACCAACCCGGUCGGCGGUAGCGACGCCGGCUUGAAGCAGAUGCCCAUCGCCAUUGUUGGUAUGGCAUGCCGCAUGCCCGGUAGCGUCUCGAGCCCUGCCGAAUUCUGGGAGCUGUGCUCCCGCGCCAGAACCGGCUUCACUCCAGUUCCCAAGAAGCGCUUCAACCACGAGGCUUUCUACCACCCCAACCCGGGAAAGACUGGAGCUUACCAUGCUGAGGGUGGUAACUUCUUGGACGUCGACCUGGAGUCCUUCGAUGCUCCUUUCUUCGGCCUGACAGAGAAGGAGGCCAUCUCCAUGGACCCCCAGCAGCGUUUGCUGCUUGAGUGCACUUUCGAGGCGCUCGAGAACGCCGGUAUUCCCAAGCACACGAUUGUGGGAAAGGACGUUGGUGUUUUCGUCGGUGGUAGUUUCGCAGAGUAUGAGAGCCACCUGUUCCGGGAUAGCGACACGAUACCCAUGCACCAGGCCACAGGAUGUGCCCAUGCGAUGCAGUCCAACAGGCUUUCACAUUUCUUCGAUCUCAGGGGACCGAGUUUCACAGCAGACACUGCUUGCUCGGCCAGUUUGGUCUCCCUUCACUUGGCGUGCCAGAGUCUGCGCGCCGGCGAGUCCACAUCGGCCAUCGUUGGUGGCUGCCAUCUGAACAUGUUGCCUGAGUUUUGGAUUUCCUUCUCUUCUUGCAGAUUGCUUGCCGACUCUGGUCGUUCAAUUGCCUUCGACCAGCGUGGUACCGGUUUCGGUCGUGGUGAGGGUUGUGGUAUUGUCAUCUUGAAGCCCCUUGACCAGGCAAUCAGGGACAACGACUCCAUCCGUGCCGUUAUUCGCGGCACUGGUAUCAACCAGGAUGGCAAGACACCAGGCAUUACUAUGCCCAGUGGCGCAGCUCAGGAGAAACUCAUGAAGCAAAUUUACAGAAACGCCGGUCUUGAUCCUCAUGACACCGGUUACGUUGAGGCUCACGGUACGGGCACCAAGGUUGGCGACCCGAUUGAGGCAACCGCCCUGCACAAUGUCUUUGGACACAACAGGUCGGCCAAGGACCCUCUCUUCAUUGGCUCCGUCAAGUCCAACAUCGGUCACUUGGAGGCUGCUUCCGGUAUUGCUGGUGUCAUCAAGGCCGCCAUGAUGCUGGAAAGAGGUUUCCUUCUGCCCAACCACGACUUCAAGAAGCCCAACGAGAAGAUCCCUUGGAAGGAGUGGAACAUGAAGGUUCCCGCCACCCAGAGGCCGUGGCCCAAGAAUAAGAAGUACAUCUCCGUCAACAACUUCGGUUUCGGCGGUACCAACGCGCACGUUGUUCUUGAGAAGGCGCCGUACGUCGCCCCCAAGAAGGACAAGAACCUCCCUCCUGUCGAGGCCAAGAAGACCAAGGGCAGGAAGAAGCUUUACAUCCUGUCUGCCAACGACAAGAACUCCGUGCAGGCCGUCAUGAAGAAUCUCGUUGUCUACCUCGAACAAAGACCUGAGAUUUUCCAGAACGACUUGAUGGACAACAUGGCGUACACUCUUGGAUCUCGCCGCUCUUUGCUUCCCUGGAGGGUUGCCAUCCCCGCCGACGACUCCUUCGAGCUCAUCGAGACCCUCAACAGUGGCAAGGUCAUUCCUGGCAAGGAAAGCGAGCCCUUGAGAAUCGGCUUCGUCUUCACCGGACAGGGUGCGCAGUGGUGGGGCAUGGGUCGUGAGCUGUACGGCCAGUACCCCGUCUACACUGCGGCCAUCGACAGAGCCGAUGAGUGCCUCAGGAAACUUGGCGCCGACUGGUCGCUGAAGACCGAGCUGAGCAAGGACGCCGAGACUUCCAAGGUGUCUGAUGCCCACAUCAGUCAGCCGGCGUGCAGCGCCGUUCAGCUUGCGCUGACGGACCUGCUUCGCACCUGGGGCAUCCGCCCUGUCGCCGUCGCUGGUCACUCCAGUGGUGAAAUUGGUGCUGCCUAUGCCGCUGGCAUCAUUGGCUUCGAUGCCGCCAUGGCCAUCGCCUACCACCGUGGCAGGCUCAUUCCUAUUCUCAAGAAGAGACACCCUGAACUCAAGGGUGCCAUGAUGGCCGUUGGCGGCACCAAGGAGGAGGUCCAGCCCAUGAUCGAUGCCCUGAAGGAGCAGCAGGUCAGAAUUGCUUGCUACAACAGUCCCUCGAGUUUGACCAUCUCCGGUGACGUCAACGCCCUCUCCGAGCUCGAGAAGAACUUGGAAGACAAGCAGAUGUUCAACAGACGCCUUCAGGUUGAGACUGCCUACCACUCACACCACAUGAACCUGGUCGCCAAGGAGUACAGAGAGUCUAUCUCUGAGCUUCCUCACCCUCGCACCACUGACGUCCGCUUCCACUCCUCCCUGUACGGUCACCAGAUCGACGGCUUUGAGUGCCAGGCCCACUACUGGGUCAACAACUUGACCUGCGCUGUCCGCUUCUCGGAAGCUCUCGAGACCAUGCUUGAGCCCGUUGGUGAGCACAAGCACGGUGUCAACAUGAUCAUUGAGUUGGGUCCCCACUCUGCUCUUCAGGGUCCUAUCAAGCAGAUCCUCAAGCACGUCGGCGAUAGCGCCAUGAAGAUUCCUUACGCCGCCCCUCUUAUCCGCAAGAAGGAUGCCGUUGAAUCUGCGAUGGACCUGGCCGCCAAUGUCAUCACCAAGGGUGCCAUCCUCAACAUGGACGCCAUCAACUUCGCCCACACCACGAAGAAGCCUGCUCUGUUGACCGAUCUGCCUCGCUACGCGUGGAACUACCAGAACAAGUACUGGCAGGAGUCCCGUAUGACCCAGAUGCACAAGUACCGCAAGUCGCCCCGUAACGACUUGAUCGGUCUUGAGGCUAUCUACUCCAGUGACAUCGAGCCCACGUGGAGAAACAUUGUCCACCUUGACGAUCUCCCAUGGCUGCGACACCACCAGAUCCAGGGCUUGACGGUCUUCCCCAUGGCUGGUUUCAUCGGCAUGGCCCUCGAGGCUUCUGCUCAAUGGGCCCAGAGGAAGGAGCGUUCCUUUGAGAAGUUCGAGCUCAGAGACGUCUCCGUCAUCAAGCCUCUGGCUCUCAACGACACUGAUGUCGAGAUGACCAUCAACCUCCGCCCUCACCAGGAGACCAACCUGACCGCUUCUGAGACCUGGAAGGAGUUCAGAAUCUGCUCUUGGACGCACGGCAGCGGCUGGACAGAGCACUGCGUCGGUCUCAUCGCCCUGCACGGCCUCGAGACUAACGAGGUUGAUGGUGAGGAGCAGAAGCUUGCCGCCCGCCGGGGAGCCGAGGCUACCAUCAAGGCCAGCGAGAGCCCUGACUCCGUCAACGUCAACGAGACUGAGAUGUACGAGCGCCUCACUGAGCUCGGUGUUGGCUACGGUCCUUCCUUCCAGGGCAUCAAGGACUGCAAGGCUUCCAACAAGUACUCCGUGGGCAGCAUCUCAUCCGCGGACAUCGCUGCGGAUAUGCCCAACCACUACAUGACGAGCACUGUCCUUCACCCUACCUUCUUGGAGUCUUUGAUUGAGAUGUACUGGCCCAUUCUUGGCGCCGGCCGCACUGACAUUAACACUGUCUACCUCCCGUCCUCGAUUGCUAGAAUGUGCAUCUCUCGCGACGUCACUUCUCUCACCAAGGCAGCUGGCAGCUCCCUGAAGGCCUACGCCAAGGCUGACUUCUCCGCCAGUGAGGCCCGUCCCACCAAGGUCUCUAUUUUCGCUACCAACGAGGCCAAGGACCUGGUCAUUGAGAUUGACGAGCUCACCGUCUCUCCCAUCAUUGACGGUGAGACUGAUCUCGGCAACAAGCCUGCACGCGAGCUUUGCUACAAGCUCGAGUGGGAGGGUUGCGGUGACCUGAAGUCUAUCUCUGGCAAGAGCAAGAAGAACGCCUCCAACGGCGUCAAGGUCGAUGCUCCUCUUCCCGAUGUUGACGUUGCCAUCAUCCACGGAGAAUCCAACUCCCAGCAGAUGUUGGCCAACGGUCUGGCUAUUGCUUUGGCCAGUUCUACGUCUAGACUCCCGGAGAUGGGUGCUCUGCACGAGGUCAACACCGAGGGCAAGCUUUGCGUCGUCCUCACUGAGAUCGAGCAGCCCUUCCUCGCCAACCCCACCAAGGAGCAGUUUGCUGAUAUCCGCAACAUGAUUGCCGGUGUCCAGGGCUGCCUUUGGGUUGUCCGCGGUGCUUACGACAAGGCUACUUCGCCCGAAGCCAACAUGAUUGUCGGUCUCAGCAGAACCGUUCGCUCGGAGUCUGUUCUGCCUUUCGCUACGCUCGACUUGGAUGACACCAACCAGUUGGAUGAGGACGAUGCCUCUGCCGUCAUCUACGAGAUCUUCAAGAUGGCAUUCAACACCAAUGCCUCCUCUACCAGCGAGCUUGAGUUCAUGGAGCGUUCCGGCAAGUUCUUCACUCCCCGUAUCGUCCACGACGAGGACAUGAACGAGUUCGUCCACCGGGAGACCAACCCCAGCAUUGUUGAGAUGCAACCCUUUGGCAAGGACGACCGUUCCCUGAGAAUGGAGUUCUCCACACCUGGCGCGAUUGAGACUGUUCAUUUCGUUGACGACGCUCUCGCCACUCAACCUCUCGGUGACGACGAGGUCGAGUUCGAGGUCAAGGCUGUUGGCAUGAACGUUCGCGAUGUCAUGCUCGCCAAGGGCCAGAUCCCGAACGCUGACAAGCACGCUUUGGGUGUUGAGGCUGCUGGUAUCAUCACCAGGGUCGGCUCUGCCGUUAAGUCUCACAAGGCCGGCGACCGCAUCGCUGCUCUCACCAUCACCCACGGCGCCUAUGCCACUCGCACUCGCACCACCACUGCCAGCAUCAUGCCCAUCCCCCCCAAGAUGUCGUUUGUGGACGCUGCGACUCUCCCCCUGGCUUACUGCACUGCCUACUACAGCUUGGUUGAGCAGGCUCGUCUCCGCGAGGGCCAGCGUGUGCUUGUUCACUCCGCUGGUGGUGGUAUUGGCCAGGCUUCGGUCUGCCUCGCUAAGAUGAUCGGUGCCGAGAUCUUCGUCACUGUCAGCUCCGCAGCGAAGAAGAAGCUCCUCAUGCAACACUACAAUGUUCCUGAGGACCACAUCUUCUACAGCCGCAACACCACCUGGAGAGCGGCCGUCAGACGCGCCACCAACGAUGAGGGUGUUGACGUCGUUCUCAACACUCUUCCUGGAGCCGAUGCCCUCAGGGAAAGUUGGGCCUGUCUCGGCCGCUUCGGCUGCCUCGUCGAUGUCAGGAGGAAGGAUGGCUCCCGCGCCACCCGCCUGGACAUGGGCCAGACUGACAGCAACGCCUCUUUCCUGAGCGUCGACAUCUUUGGUCUUGCCGCCGAGAGGCCCAAGAUCAUGGAGAGACUCGUCAAGGAUGUCGCCAAGCUUCUGGCUGAUGACGAACUCCGCCCCAUUGACCCUGCCACUGUCUUCCCUGUCUCUACCAUGGAGACUGCUUUCAAGACACUCCAAAGCACUCAGGGUCCUGGCAAGCUGGUGGUUGUUCCCAGCGCAUCUGAUGUGGUCAUGGCCUCGCCCUCCAAGGCGAUGAAGGCUCUGCUCAAGGCUGAUGCUACCUACCUCCUCAUCGGUGGAACUGGUGGUCUUGGUCGCAGCAUGGCCAAGUGGAUGGUUGCUCACGGUGCCAGGAACUUGGUUCUCUUGUCUCGUAGCGGUUCUGCUACCGGCAAGGUCAAGGAACUCAUCGACGAGGCUGCUGCUGAGGGUGCUCACAUCACUGUUCGCUCCUGCAACGUAGCUGACAAGUCCAGCGUUGAGCAGCUGUUCAACACUGGUCUCAAGGGUCUUCCUCCCGUCCGUGGUGUUAUCCACGGUUCCAUGGUCCUCCGCGAUGUUCUUUUCGAGAAGAUGACUUACUCCGACUACACUGCCGUCACUGAGUCCAAGGUGCAAGGUGCAUGGAACUUCCACCACGCUCUGCAAGAUCGCAAUGUCCCCUUGGACUUCUUUGUCGCCAUUUCCUCCGCUGCCGGAGCCGUCGGUAACCGUGGCCAGGCCGCCUACGCCGCCGCCAACUGUUUCCUCAACGCUUUCGUUCAGCACCGUCUUGCCCAGGGUCUUCCCGCCGUUUCUCUCGACCUUACCGCCGUCUCCGACGCCGGCUACGUCGCCGACGGUGACGCCGAGCGUGCGGCCGAGAUUAUGAAGAACUUGGGCUCGGACACCAUCUGCGAAGCUGAGGUUCUCGCCCUCAUCGGCGCUUCCAUCUCCGGCAAGACGUCCGUCGCCAACCACCACGUCAUCACCGGUAUGCGCAUCACCCCUGCUGUGCAACCCUUCUGGACACCGGACGCCAAGUUCAAGGCCAUGCGCCUUGCCGCUGAGGAGCUUGCCGCUGCUGAGGCUGGCUCAGGCGCCAUCUCCCUGAACGCCGCCCUCAAGGCUUCCCGCAGCGAGGCCGAGGCUAUGGAGGUUGUCUGCCGCGGUCUCGUCGAGAAGAUCGCCGCCGUCCUGAUGAUGGAGACCGAGGAUCUCGACGUCACCCGCAGCUUGUCACACUACCCGCUCGACUCCCUCGUCGCCAUCGAGAUCCGUAACUUCAUCACGCGUGAGUUCGAGGCCAACAUGCAGGUUCUCGAGCUGCUCUCUUCCGGCAGCAUCCAGACCCUCACCAAGGCCGUCUGCAAGAAGAGCAAGCUUUGCGUCGGAUUCGACUGGAGCAGUUAG